UAUGAAAAUUCACUGAGCUGUCCCAUUAAGAUAUGUAUAGGGACUUCCCUGGUGGUCCAGUGGUUAAGACUGCACGCUUCCAAUGCAGGGGGCCCGGGUUCGACCCCUGGCCAGGGAACUAGAUCCCGCAUGCCCAACUGAGCUGACAUGCCGCAACUAAAGUCCCCCCAUGCCGCGACUAAAGAUCCCUCUUGCCGCAACUAAAGAGAUCCUGCAUGCCGCAGCGAAGAUCCCUCGUGCUGCAACUAAGACCUGGUGCAGCCAAAUAAAUAAAUUUUUUUUUUUUUGGCGGUACGCGGGCCUCUCACUGUUGUGGCCUCUCCCGUUGCAGAGCACAGGCUCCAGACGCGCAGGCUCAGUGGCCAUGGCUCACGGGCCCAGCUGCUCCGCGGCAUGUGGGAUCCUCCCGGACCGGAGCACAAACCCACGUCCCCUGCAUAGGCAGGUGGACACUCAACCACUGCGCCACCAGGGAAGCCCUAGUGUACUUUUUUUGUACAUAGAUUCAACUUUAUAAAAAGAUAAAAGAGGAUAUUACACACUACAGGGAUAAAAAAAUCAUAAUUUUAUUUAUUUUUUUGGCAGCACUGCAGAGCAUGUGGAACUUCCCCAACCAGGGAUCAAACACAUAUGCUCCCUGUAGUGGAAGUGUGGAGCCUUAACCACUGGACCACAGGGGAAGUCCAAUAACUUAGUUUUAAAAAACAACUUGCUUUUAUUUAGAAAACAUUUUAAUCACCCCUUUUUACCAGGCAUUGUCCUGAGAGCUUAGGACAUGGGGUAGGAAAGAGGUCUUCAUUGCCUCUCAGUUUAUUGGGAGUCAGAUAAAGAGAUACUUGUAAUAUGGUUGACUUUUGCUGAGUCCUAGCAAAGACACCAUUGGACGCUACAGAGCUGCUAACCUGGGUAAUUCUCAGGGUUACCAUUCCAGUAUCUACGGAAGCCAGACAGACAAAUGGGCAAAGAGGGGUAACAGGGAACUGUGACAAAUUGGGAAGGUAAGUAGGCAUAGAGUUGCCACAGCUAAUGGUUUUUCUUAAGGAAAAACCACAAAUCUUAAUUUUUAUGUGAGCUCUCUUGAUUUUUUUUUUUUUUUUUUUUUUUUUUUUGCGGUACUUGGGCCUCUCAGUGUUGUGGCCUCUCCCGUUGCGGAGCACAGGCUCCGGACGCGCAGGCUCAGCGGCCAUGGCUCACGGGCCCAGCCCCUCCGUGGCACGUGGGAUCUUCCCAGACCAGGGCUCGAACCUGUGUCCCCUGCAUCGGCAGGCGGACUCUCAACCACUGCGCCACCAGGGGAGCCCAGCUCUCUUGAUUUUUAAGUCCUGUAAAUGAAUCCAAAUUUUAAAAAGUGGGAGGCCAAACAAAACACCUCUGCAGGCCAAAUUUGGCCUUGGCCUACCAGUUUGCCAGGGAUUCUGCCAACCAACCAUCCUUCCCCUCUUACCGAACAAUUGAGGGUCCACUGUUUUAGGCACUGGGAAAUAGAACAGUGAGCCAGCCAGACAACUGUCUUGCAGAAUGGCCUGGGGGCAGGGGUGGGGGAGGGUGGUGUCUGGUACUGUGCCCUUCAAACUUCAGUAUGUGUGGGAAUCACUGGGUAGAUUCUGAAUUGGGAGGUCUGCGUUGAGGCCUGAAUCUUGGCCUUUCUAACAACAAGCUCCCAGGUGAUGGUGAUGCUAGUCUUCCCUGCUGUUAUUUGAAGGAGGGGAGUAGGGAAUUUGUCUUGAAGGUGCAUUUGCCUGGCAAGCAUCCUCUUUUUACUUAGAUUUUAGUUUAUUGGGGUGACUUGGAAGAGAGUUGAUGACCUCGGAGGUGGGUACUCGGGCUCUGCUAGCUAUCUCUUGGCGCUGCCAGGUCUCUGUUCUCAGAGUUUAUAAUCUAGAAGGUGGCGUGAGGGGUGGAGGAAGGUGCUAGGAAAAGCUUCCUGGAGGAGGUGCUUGUGAACUGCAGGAGCUCCCCGGCCGCCAAGAAAGGGAAAAACCUUUAACUCCCCCCCUGCUGGGGCUGGGUCUCGGCGUCCCCGCACCGGGUUUGGUUUCCCAGGCAUCCCACGUGUCUUCGGUCCGCGAGUCCCUGUCAAUCAAGCUUCUCCCCCAGGGGCUGGGUACGGGUUUAAAGGCGGCUGCAGUGCAGAGAGCUCCCAGAAUGCCGCGCGGCGGGCGGGUUUGGAUUUUAAAUCCCCGCGGCCAAUCAGUAGCGCGUAGGCUUUUGUAACGUUCCCGGCGCCGCGUUUGAAUUCGAGGAGGAGCAGAGCCCUGCCAAGCCUCUGCCCAGACCUUGCUAGGUCCGCUAAGCAAUUCCGGGAACAUGAGUGCGGCGGCAACUGCAGGGAAGCUGGCGCGGGCACCAGCCGAUCCAGGGAAAGUCGGGGUCCCUGGAGUUGCAGCUCCCGGAGCCCCGGCGGCUGCCCCGCCGGCGAAAGAGAUCCCGGAGGUCCUAGUAGACCCGCGCAGCCGGCGGCGCUAUCUGCGGGGCCGCUUUCUGGGAAAGGGUGGCUUUGCCAAGUGCUUCGAGAUCUCGGACGCGGACACUAAAGAGGUGUUUGCGGGCAAGAUCGUGCCUAAGUCGCUGUUGCUCAAACCGCACCAGAAGGAGAAGAUGUCCAUGGAGAUAUCCAUUCACCGUAGCCUCGCUCACCAGCACGUCGUCGGCUUCCACGGCUUUUUCGAGGACAACGACUUUGUGUUCGUGGUGUUGGAGCUCUGCCGCCGGCGGUCUCUCCUGGAGCUGCACAAGCGGAGGAAAGCACUCACCGAGCCCGAGGCCCGCUACUAUCUGCGUCAGAUUGUCCUUGGCUGCCAGUACCUGCAUCGAAACCGCGUUAUUCACAGAGAUCUCAAGUUGGGCAACCUCUUCCUGAACGAGGAUCUGGAGGUGAAAAUAGGGGAUUUUGGACUGGCAACCAAAGUCGAGUAUGACGGGGAACGGAAGAAGACCCUGUGCGGGACUCCUAAUUACAUAGCUCCUGAGGUGCUGAGCAAGAAAGGGCACAGUUUCGAGGUGGACGUGUGGUCCAUUGGGUGUAUCAUGUAUACCUUGUUAGUGGGCAAACCACCUUUCGAGACCUCCUGCCUAAAAGAGACCUACCUCCGGAUCAAGAAGAAUGAGUACAGUAUUCCCAAGCACAUCAACCCCGUGGCCGCCUCCCUCAUCCAGAAGAUGCUUCAGACAGAUCCCACUGCCCGUCCAACCAUUCAGGAGCUGCUCGAUGACGAGUUUUUCACUUCUGGCUAUAUCCCUGCCCGCCUCCCCAUCACCUGCCUCACCAUUCCGCCCAGGUUUUCAAUUGCUCCCAGUAGCCUGGACCCCAACAGCCGGAAGCCUCUCACUGUUCUCAAUAAAGGCAUAGAGAACCCCAUGCCGGAGCGUCCCCGGGAAAAAGAGGAGCCAGUGGUGCGGGAGGCCAGCGAGGCGGUCGACUGCCACCUCGGCGACAUGCUGCAGCAGCUGCACAGCGUCAACGCCUCCAAGCCCUCAGAGCGGGGGCUGGUGAGGCAAGAGGAGGCUGAGGAUCCCGCCUGCAUCCCCAUCUUCUGGGUCAGCAAGUGGGUGGACUAUUCGGACAAGUAUGGCCUUGGGUACCAGCUGUGUGACAACAGCGUGGGAGUGCUCUUCAACGACUCAACACGCCUCAUCCUCUACAACGACGGCGACAGCCUGCAGUACAUCGAACGUGAUGGCACGGAGUCCUACCUCACCGUGAGUUCCCAUCCCAACUCCCUGAUAAAGAAGAUCACCCUCCUCAAGUAUUUCCGAAACUACAUGAGCGAACACUUGCUGAAGGCGGGUGCCAACAUCACGCCCCGGGAAGGUGACGAGCUAGCCCGGCUACCCUACCUGCGUACCUGGUUUCGCACCCGCAGCGCCAUCAUUCUGCACCUCAGUAACGGCUGCGUGCAGAUCAACUUCUUCCAGGACCACACCAAACUCAUCCUGUGCCCGCUGAUGGCUGCCGUGACCUACAUCGACGAGAAGCGGGACUUCCGCACGUACCGCCUGAGCCUCCUGGAGGAGUACGGCUGCUCCAAGGAGCUGGCCAGCCGGCUGCGCUACGCUCGCACCAUGGUGGACAAGCUGCUGAGCUCACGCUCGGCCACCAACCGCCUCAAGGCCUCCUCGUAGCCCCCCCACCCCCCUGGACUGGCACCCUCCUCCCCCCCACCAGCACCUCGGCCCACGCUGGUUAGAUCCCUAUUUUAUGGGGUGUCCCCCAGCCCUGGGGGCUGGGGUGGAAGCUCCAUCAUCCCUGCAGGUGGGGCUGCUGUGUAAGUUAUUUUUGUACAUGUCCCGGUGUGGGUUCUGAGGCCGCUUCCCCUUCCCUCUCAACCUCACCAUAUGAAUUGUACAGAAUAUUGCUAUUGAAUUCGGGACUGUCUUUUCCUUGCCUUUAUAUUACAUUAAACAUAUAUGAAUCUUC